UUCCAAGGGGCGCCAAUGCUAUCUAACAGCUGGUAGGAUAAUCCCAUGUUUUCUUCUUUUCAAUACGCACAAAUGUUUAUCUCACUUGGCAUAUUCCUUGAAUUGGGCACGUGCCACAGUUGAGCAGCAGCAUCAUCAUUAGAGAAGAACCUAACCACAAGAAGAAAGCGCUGGCGGCUACAGUUUGGAACGUUCUGAACAUUUCCUCACAGUGACAUUUCAAGCCUUCCGCAACACUCAUGCUACUGCUUCGAGCUCUCUGGAGACGAAAUUCCUUGCUGGAAUGCAUCAGGACUCGCCGUCAGGUGACAAGGGGUCUGGAAGACGAGAGUCCACGGGACAAGUAUGAUCUGAGCGUCGACGGCACCGACCUUUCGAAGCUGUACAAGCAGGCGAGGCCGACACUUCCAGAUUUCGUGGUUCAAGACGUCAUAGCGUACGUCAACCAAAAGCUGCCCAAGCGUGAGCUGUGCAUUGAUGUGGGCUGCGGGCCCGGCCAGAGCACCGAGCUGUUCUGCCCCUACUUCAAGAACGUGGUGGGCGCCGACAUCAGCCACUCGCAGAUCGAGGAGGCCAACGCCAUGAGGCGGCACGGAAACGUCACGUACAUGGAGGCGCACGCCGAGUGCCUACCGCUGCGCAGCAACUCGGUCGCGCUGGUGUCGGCGGUGAACGCGAUCCAGUGGUUCGACCAGGACGCCUUCUUCGCCGAAGUGCGCCGCGUGCUGGUGCAGAACGGCGUCCUCUUUGCGGCCAUGCACCACCUGAGGGCUCUGCUCGAACCCGGCAUGGACAACUGGCUCUCCCAGCUGCGAAGAGACAAGUUCUCGGACUACUUGCUAUCCCGCCAUAUGUACUGGGAUGAGGGAUACGGCAGCAUCAAGGUCCCCUUCAAAGGCGUUCGAAGGAAAACGAUGCUGAACAACAGCACGCUGACAGUGUCGGACGUGAUGAGCCACAUCAACACGUGGAGCCUGGUGAUCAUGAUGCGCGAGCAGGAGCCAGCAAGGGCCAAGGCCACACUCGCAGAAUUCAGGGACAGGAUCCUAUCAAAGAUACAGCGGUACCCUGAGGAAGAUCCAGUGCUCAACGUCGCCUUCAUGACGUCAUACGUUAUGUGCCGGAAGUAAUUGUUUCACGGAUUGAAGCUUGAACGGCAGAAAUAUACUCGCAGAGUUUUUUUUUUCAUUUUUCAUUCUAUGCAAUAACUUACUGAGGCCGAGUUACAUUUAUUUACGCUAGUAUACGCAUAAACGUUUAUCUACAUUUGCGA